CAGGGUGGAGGUGCUCGUUAUCCCUACCCGAAGGAGGUCUGGUCACCAGCCGGUGGCUGGUGGACACGGCCGUCGAACUGGAAAGCUAACACCGCGAUCGCGUUUGCCAGCAUCCUUGCCGUCACAUAUGGAGCUUGGACUGUUAGCGCAGAUAAGGAGGCGCGU